UAUGAGAGCUAGAAUGAAUGUCAUCGGUGCGUAGGCUAAGAGCGUGUACCUUGAUCGGCGUUAAGUUAGUAACAGUUCGGUGAUGCUUGGAGUAUUGUGCGCACGACCUCCCAAGCCUUGGAUCCUUAACUCACUCUCUCUCAUCGCCCACGGCGGCUUAGCCGCUCACCACCACGACAGCCGUCUAGUGGAAUGGCCGACACAUUUCGCCGACUUAUCAGCCGAUGAUCGGCGUUGCCGGCACCACUCCACGGCUUGUCGGCUUGGCGGCUCCGACGGCGGUGCGGCUUCUAUAUGGCAUGCGAUCCUGCCGUGUGGCGGUGGCGGAGGAGGGCGGAGGAGAGGGGAAGUGUGGAAGAAUGUGGAGAGGAAAGGUGAAGGAUCUUGGAAUGUGGCUUGGGAUGCCAGACCGGCUCGGUGGCUUCACCGGCCGGACUCUGCUUGGCUUCUCUUUGGAGUUUGCGCUUGUCUCGCUCCGAUGAUUGAAUUUGUCGACGUUAAUCCCGACGCCGAUGACAAAAUCGAAGGCGCCGAGUUAAAUUUACUAAGUCGCUUAAGCGCCGAUGAGAAGAGUAGUAGUAGUUCUUCUUCGGUUGCUGCUGCAGAUAAUUGCAAGGUUACAGGGGUGUUAGCGGAUGGCCGAUGUCUUUUUAGAGCAAUAGCUCAUGGAGCUUGCUUGAGGAGUGGGGAAGAUGCUCCGGAUGAGAAUCAUCAAAGAGAACUCGCGGAUGAAUUGAGAGCUCAGGUUGUGAAUGAGCUUUUGAAGAGGCGGGAAGAAACAGAAUGGUUUAUUGAGGGAGAUUUUGAUGCUUAUGUGAAGGAAAUUCAACAGCCUUAUGUUUGGGGUGGAGAGCCUGAAAUACUGAUGGCUUCUCAUGUUUUGAAGACUCCAAUUUCGGUCUACAUGAUUCCUAGAAGCUCCAGUAAUUUGACAAAAAUAGCAAAGUAUGGUGAAGAGUACCAGAAGGACAAGGAGAAUCCCAUUAAUGUGCUGUUUCAUGGGUAUGGUCACUACGACAUAUUGGAGUCUUUGCCAGAACAAAAUUGCGCGCAAGUAAACACAUAGAAGUUGGGUACCAUUAUAUGAUUAUAAUGGCAUAAAAAAUAAGUUUAGGGAGAGCUUAUUUUAUAUGAUGGAUGAAUUCCAUUGAACCAAGAAGUUGUCUCAGGUUGAUAAAUUUGCUGCAGUUACCUCAGCUCUUGCAAUAAGCUCAAUACAGUUUUGUAGUUUCCAUGAUUGAUAUUUAGACCUCAUUUCAAUACAUCAAAUUGGUGAAGCAUUAUAGUUAUUUCAGUUUUUCUCCAAAAGCAGUUAUAAUUGUUUAUUAGCUCAGAAAAUAUUGGGAAAUUGAAUUAUCCUGGUCCUCCUUUC